CGAGCACCUCCGGGCCGCUCCCGCCCCCGCUCCGCCUCUGGCUUCGCCAGCUUAAGUCACAACGCGGUCCGGCUACCUGGGCGCGCCCGGCCGGACGGCUGCGGGGCCGGCGCCGGGUGGCGGCGCUGAGGGGUCGCUGAGAGGAGCUCGGCGGCGUCUGUUGGAGCCGUUCCCUCGGUGGGCCGCCGGCGAGGGCAUGAGCGCGGACUGCCUGUGCCUCCGGAGCGGCGGCGGCGGCGGCGGCGGCGGCGGGAGCGGCGAGGGGAGGGGGCGCCGCGCAGAGGCCACCGUCCAGGGCAGCGCCGGGGGACAGCAGGGCAGGAGAUGUGCCUGUCCUUAGCGGUACAGGAAGCAGCAUGCACCCCGAUGCCACCGACAGCAGCGGCGCCGGCCUCAGCCUCGUGCCGGCAGCGGCCACCGGCGGCCGCCCAGCCCCGGGCGCCCCGGGCGAGCGGCGGCCGGGCGCCCGGGAAGACGCGGCGGCGCCGGGGAGCCCUGGCGGCUGGAGCUGGCGAGUGUCAGUGGCGGUGGCCGCACUCGCCGCCGUGUGCCUCUCCUGCCUGGGGCCCGGUUGCUGGCAGGCGGCCGGAGGCGCGGGGCCGUGCACCGUCCUGCUCCGGCUCAGCCUGUACCUGGGCUGCGCCGCGGCCGCCUUCCUCUUGGGAACCCUGUUCUCCCUCGUCUGCCGGAGCCGGCGAGCCCCGCCGCCCGACUUCGUCGCCACCUGGAGACGGCUGGCCGCGGCCGCCCGCCGCGGGCCGGGGAGUCCUGUAUAUGGAAACUCACAUGAGUCAGUUCAGUCUAGAAGGGUAGUGAUUUCUCACAAUAUGGACAAAGCUCUAAAAGAAGUGUUUGACUACAGUUACAGAGAUUACAUUCUGUCCUGGUAUGGAAAUCUCAGCAGAGACGAGGGGCAGCUUUACCAUCUGCUCUUGGAAGACUUUUGGGAGAUUGCCAGGCAACUGCGCCACAGACUGAGCCACGUGGAUGUGGUUAAAGUCGUCUGCAAUGAUGUUGUAAGAACUUUACUCGCUCAUUUCUGUGACCUGAAAGCUGCAAAUGCCAGACAUGAAGAACAACCAAGGCCUUUUGUGCUGCAUGUGUCCCUGAGGAACUCGUAUGAUGAAGUGAGGUUCCUACAAAUGUGUUCUCGGGUUCUGGUGUUUUGUCUCCUCCCCUCAAAGGAUGUCCAGUCUCUCAGCUUACGUAUAAUGCUUGCAGAAAUUCUCACAACAAAAGUCUUGAAGCCGGUAGUGGAGUUACUUAGUAAUCCAGAUUACAUCAACCAGAUGCUGCUUGCCCAGCUGGAGCGCAGAGAACAGAUGAAUGAACAUCACAAGAGAGCCUACACCUAUGCUCCUUCUUAUGAAGAGUUCAUCAAGCUUAUUAACGGCAACUCUGAUGUUGAAUUCUUGAAGCAACUAAGGUGCCGAGUCUACUUGCUGGCUGCCGUUGGAGGCAGAGAACACCUGCUCGUAAGAGGAAGGAGAACAGAAGGGCUGUGCUUCACGUGGCCAGUUCCUCCUCCUCUGUGGUAUCAAAUUGUAGUGGAAAUAAUCCAAGCAACUACAAUUAGCAGCUUUCCCCAGCUGAAGAGGCACAAGGGUAAAGAAACUGCUGCAAUGAAAGCUGAUCUCCUAAGGGCCAGGAAUAUGAAAAGGUACAUUAACCAACUGACUGUGGCUAAGAAGCAGUGUGAGAAGAGAAUCCGAAUCCUGGGAGGCCCUGCCUAUGACCAGCAAGAGGAUGGGGCCUUGGAUGAAGGAGAAGGGCCUCAAAGCCAGAAGAUUCUUCAGUUUGAAGAUAUUUUGGCCAAUACGUUCUACCGAGAGCACUUUCGAAGGUACAUGGAAAGGAUGGACAAGAGAGCUCUGAUUAGUUUUUGGGAGUCGGUGGAAUAUUUGAAGAGUGCUAACAAGAAUGAAAUCCCGCAAUUAGUUGGUGAAAUUUACCAGAAUUUCUUUGUGGAAAGCAAAGAAAUAUCUGUGGAAAAAUCACUCUACAAAGAAAUCCAGCAGUGUCUUGUAGGAAAUAAAGGUAUUGAAGUGUUCUGCAAAAUCCAGGGCGAUGUUUAUGAGACCCUAAAGGAUAGGUAUUACCCUUCAUUUAUUGUCAGUGACCUGUAUGAGAAAUUGAUGAUAAAAGAGGAAGAAAAACAUGGCUCGCACUUGAUUUCCGGCAAGGAUGAAAUGGACCCAGGAGGUGAGGCUGGUGAGGAAGCUGUAGAUGAAGGCACCAGUCGAAUUAAUGAACAAGCCAGUUUUGCUGUAAACAAACUACGAGAACUAAAUGAGAAACUUGAAUAUAAAAGGCAAGCUCUAAAUUCUAUUCAAAAUGCACCAAAACCUGACAAGAAGAUUGUUUUCAAGUUGAAGGAGGAAAUAAUUCUAAUAGAGAAAGAACGCACGGACCUACAGCUGCACAUGGCAAGAACAGACUGGUGGUGUGAGAACCUCGGAAUGUGGAAAGCCUCCAUCACCAGUGGAGAGGUUACAGAAGAGAAUGGUGAGCAAAUGCCCUGUUACUUUGUCAUGGUAAGCUUACAAGAAGUUGGCGGAGUUGAAACUAAGAACUGGACCGUCCCUAGAAGGCUCAGUGAGUUUCAGAAUUUACACCGGAAACUUAGUGAGUGUUUCCCUUCUUUAAAAAAAGUCCAGUUGCCUUCUCUUAGCAAGCUGCCUUUCAAAUCUGUAGAUCACAAGUUUAUGGAAAAGUCAAAGAAUCAAUUAAAUAAGUUUUUACAGAAUCUGCUUUCAGAUGAAAGACUGUGUCAGAGUGAAGCACUUUAUGCCUUUUUGAGCCCUUCUCCUGACUACCUCAAGGUUAUUGAUGUGCAGGGGAAAAAAUCCACUUUUUCAUUAUCCUCAUUUUUGGAAAGACUUCCUCGCGACUUCUUCUCACAUCAAGAGGAGGAGACAGAGGAGGACAGUGACCUGUCAGAUUAUGGUGAUGAUGUGGAUGGGAGGAAAGAUGCCUUGGCUGAGCCAUGUUUCAUGUUGAUUGGGGAGAUCUUUGAACUUCGAGGAAUGUUUAAAUGGGUGAGAAGAACAUUAAUUGCUCUCGUUCAGGUCACUUUUGGAAGAACCAUCAACAAGCAAAUCCGGGACACCGUGAACUGGAUUUUCAGUGAGCAGAUGUUGGUUUACUACAUCAACGUUUUCCGGGAUGCUUUUUGGCCACAUGGGAAAUUGGCGCCUCCAACCACAAUCAGAAGCGAAGAACAAAGUCAGGAAACAAAACAGAGAGCACAGCAGAAGCUGCUUGAGAACAUUCCAGAUACGCUGCAGAGCCUCGUUGGACAGCAAAAUGCCCGGCAUGGUAUAAUAAAAAUCUUCAACGCCCUGCAGGAAACAAGAGCCAAUAAGCAUCUGUUAUUUGUGCUGAUGGAAUUGCUGCUAAUUGAGCUGUGUCCUGAGCUGAGAAGUCAUUUAGAUCAGCUGAAAGCUGGCCAAGUCUGAGACUGCACAAACAAACCACCAGAGAAAUGUCUGUGUAACAAUAGACAUGAAAUAUUUUCCUCUUUUCCGCAGAGGGCUUGAUUGAGAACCAUAUUGAUUUUUAUGUUAGUUACCUCCCUCUAGUUUCGUGGGAAGUGAGCGGAAUUGGUUGGGGAGGGAGAACUUGAUGCUGUCACAGGUAACAGAAAAACACACUUCUGUUAAUUAUUUUUAUUUUAAUAAUAAUAUAAGUUCAACACACUGAUUGAAAUACAGAUGUUAAUAUGUGAUAAGAACUUAGGAAAUAUUUUAAAUAUUUAUGAAAACUGUUUUGUUUUAAAAUGAAGAACUAUGAAUACUGUACAGUUACUUUCCUCACUGAGGACUCUGAACAUUCCUCUAUUAUUUCAUGUGUAUUGAAGAACAUUGUUGUGCAAUGCUUUGUGUCAAGUUCUUGUGAAAAUUUUUUUGUCUUUAUUUUUACCAAAGAUUUCCCAUAGUUUGAAGCAUUUGAAGCAAUAAAAUAUAAAAAUGAA